AUGCCUAUUCGGAAGAAAACUUCGACUACAAAGCUGCCCCAAAUCUUACAGCAGCAACUAGAAGGAAUUACUGCAAAUGAUCAGCCACAGAAUUGGCGCUUCUCCCAUAGUUCUCGCAAGGAAGCUAGGAAGAAAGGGCGUGCUAUUGAAAAGCAAAAACGAGCAGAAUACUUUGCUCAAGCAAAAAAUUUGAGGAAAAGAGCCGCUGAGGAAGAGCACGCGGAAUCACCUCAGCAUAAAAAAGUCCGCCAGACCGGCCCUCAAAAUCACUCCAACCGCAAAGUGGAAAAAACACCUUCUGUCUUGCCUCUUUCAACUCAGAAACUCGAUCCUUCCCAUUCAAAACCUGUCGUUGAACCUCUUCCUUCCAAACUUCCGAAAACCUCAGCUGUUCCAAAAGUGCCAAAAAAAGUGCUGGUCCAAAAAACACUUGCAGAGGAUAAGGAAGACAAAUAUAUCGCGUUUUUAGAGUCUAAGCUCGGUAUCAAAAGAGGUGCAAAGCGAAAGAUCAAAAGUGCUGAAGAAGAUGACGGACUCGACGAUCUAAUGGAUUGGGCUGAUUCUUUCCUGCCAUCGCACUCUGAGUCAAAAGCCAUUGACGAGAAAGACGAAAGCGAUAGCGAAGACGAAGAGGACGAAACACCAGAAUCGGAAUACUUAAAUGAAUCCGAAGGAAAUGAUUUUGAAGAAGAGGAGUGGCAUGGUGUCGGCCACGAUGAUAGCGACGAAGAAUCUGUAACAGAAUCAGAAGGAGAAACCACCGCUCCACCUGCACCGACUCCACCCCCAAAAGGCGCAUAUAUACCUCCGCACCUACGUAACACCCAACCCGCACAAAAAGCUGACUCAGAGGAGAUUCAAAAACUGACGAGGCAGCUUAAAGGUCUUCUAAAUAGGAUGACUGAACAAAACAUUGCAUCGAUUGUGGAUAGUUUUGAGGGCGUUUAUAGGGAACACCGUAGGAAUGACGUGACCUCGACCACAACAACACUUAUUAUCAACGGAAUAUCUUCUCAUUCUUCUCUCCUUGACUCGUACGUCGUUAUUUACGCAGCAUUUGUUUCAUCCUUGUACAAGGUCGUAGGGAUCGAAUUCGCUGCCCAUUUCGUCCAGGCUACUGUGUCUUCUUACGAACAACGAUAUAAAGAACUACGUUCCUCUGUUUCAACCGACAUCGAAAAUAAUGGGAAAGAAUGUUCCAAUCUCCUUGUAUUGAUCUCGGAGUUGUACAACUUUCAGGUUGUCUCUGCUGUGCUUGUCUUCGAUAUUAUCCGAGCCCUUCUCGCAGACGAAUUAACCGAAGUUUCAGUUGAAUUGCUAUUGAAGAUUGUGCGGAAUUCCGGACAGCAACUCAGGCAGGAUGAUCCUUCCGCCCUGAAAGACAUUAUUGAUAUUGUUCAAGGCAAAAUAACCUCCCGUACCCGUUUCAUGGUUGAGACUCUGACAAACCUCAAGAACAACAAACUUAAAAGGAACACUACCCAGAACCAGGGCAGUGCGGCUGUUGAAAGGAUGAAAAAGUUUCUCUCGGGUCUCAGCAAAACGAAGCACGUCCUGGCGCAUGAACCUCUACGCGUGUCACUUGAAGACCUUCAUUCUUCUGAAACAAAAGGCAAAUGGUGGCUGGUUGGUGCUGCGUGGCAAGGGGACCCUUUAGUUGAAAAACACGAUGAAUUCGCAAAAUCCACUGCAGCACAGGCACAGGAAGCAAUCGAGAUGAGCAGUGAAUCGGCUGAUCUUAUCAAACUCGCUCGAUCUCAAGGAAUGAAUACUGAUAUUCGUCGGGGCAUCUUCGUGGUUCUAAUGAGCAGCGAUGAUUACGUGGAUGCAUGUGAACGCCUGUCUCAACUUAACCUUACAGAGAUUCAGCAACGCGAAAUCAUUCGGGUCAUCCUGCACUGUUGUGGCAAUGAAAGAUCUUAUAAUCCGUAUUACACCCUUGUCUGCCAGCAGUUAUGUCGAACAUCACACGCCUACAGAAUAACGUUACAAUUUAGCUUGUGGGACUUUCUGCGAGACCUUGGCGAAACAACAGUGGGCGGGGCCGCUGUGAUCAAGAACAUCAAAGAAGACGACGGGUUCAAUCUCAAAAGUGUAUCAGAUGUUCGCUUGCAAAACGUGGCCAAAGCUUAUGCGUGGUGGAUUGCCAAGGACUGCCUGACUUUGAUGAUUUUUAAGCCUGUGGACUUUACUAUGCUCAAGCCCAGAGCGCACGGGUUCCUAAAAGAGCUUUUCACACAAGUUUUUAUCAACAGCCAGCGAGCCACCCCUCUGCUUACCACCGAUACCCAGAAUAUAACCUUCACGCGUAAUCGAAAUGUGAUCGAGGAGAUUUUUAUCAAGGCAUCCCGAGUACAGGCUUUGGCCAUGGGACUCGUAUACUUCCUCUCGGAAUCUUUUAGAGACAAAUCCAGCUCUGAUCAAGACUUGCCCAAAUUUCUUAACUGGGCGAUCGGCGUUGCAAAGGAAACUCUGCGGACUGGUGUCGACCUAAUACCCACAUUGUGA